AUGCACAUAUGGGCGGAGGAACGGAGUGGAGCCCCGGGACCGCCGCCGGGUCCGCUCUCUGUCCAUGCCGACUGUCCUUCGCGCCACCUGCGCCGCGCCCGCUGCCGCCAUGGAGUGCAGGGGGAGACCAUCUCUCCAGGAGACAGGUGCACAUUCCCGAAGCUUGGCCAGACCUGCAUGGUGCACUACAUUGGGGUGCUUGAAGAUGGCAAGAAGUUUGAUUCCUCCCAUGACAGAAACAAGCCCUUCAAGUUUCUGCUUGGCAAGCAGGAGGUGAUCCGAGGCUGGGAAGAAGGGGUGGCCCAGAUGAGUGUGGGUCAGAGAGCCAAACUGAUUAUCUCCCCAGGCUAUGCCUAUGGUUCCACUGGGCACCCAGAAAUCAUCCCGCCACAUGCCACUCUUGUCUUCGACGUGGAGCUUUUAAAACUGGAAUGGCAGGAGUGGCCUCCUCCCUUAGCUCCCCGUUCUUGGAUCUGCUAUGGAAGGGAUCCUGUGUCUCCAGGUAUGUGCACAGGAAUCCAUAGGGAGCUUCUCCUGAUAUCCCACUACUCUGUGCAAACAUCUACCCCAACUGAGGCAGGACAGCAAAGGAACAAACCUCAGAAGGUAUAUUACAGCACCGCGGACCAGCAUGUCCCAUCUACUCAGAUUGUCCUGCAGAGAUAG